UACACAUAUCGGGAUUUGAUAUUUAGCAAAGACACGAAGCAGAAUACAUUUUGGCCUACAUUUAGGACGAAAUCUGAUUUUUUAAAAAAUUUUUUACUGGACAUGUUUUUCAAAAUGGUUGGUCUUUUUUUUUUGCUUAAAAAAUAAAAACUGCAAAGGCGAUCAAGUACCACCGAAAGGAAGCUCAAUUCGUGGGAAAAAAAGAACGUAAAUUUCAUUCGGGUGCAGCGUUGCAUGACCGCGUAAUUGUCAGUUAAAAUAUCGCAGCGCUGUAUCGCAAAAAAUGGCCUGGUCAGGAAGGGGGGGGGGGAAUCCUCUGGAGGGCGAGGGGUUAA